AUGGACCGGCCUAUUACUCUUUGGUCUGGACAUCGUACCCAGGCUACCGACGACGCAGGGACCGACAUCAAAGCUCAAAUACUUCCCCCUCUCGCUCUGUUUGGCCGACCGGGCCCGUACGAGCUAGCACAGAAACAUCAGCGGCGUUAUAUCCCAUCGCUUGUAUCCUACUGCAUCAGGGCUGCACUAUCAGACCUACUAUACGCUUUCAAGGACACUCUCAUCCCAUACGAAGCCCCUCCGUCCUCACAAGACUAUGACAUCCUUCGCGACCUCAUGCCAGGUUUCUCUCCUAGUGAUCCCUUUGACUCAUCGCAAGUGGACCCCCGGUUAUGGGCUAACAUCAUCCAAGUUUUGAGUCAUCUGCCUUCGUCGCUCCGUGUCUACACGAUCGCCUUGGCCGACAAACAUCUACCCAUGUUACAGAGAGUUCCUUCUACCUCCGAUUUCUCUCUCCUCACCAUCCUAGACCUCGCGAAGUGCGAACAUCUGAACGACGAUACUGUCCUCAAUCUGAGAGAAUUGCAUGGUCUCUGUGCGCUGAGCGCGAGUCGCACGUCUCUAAGUGCGCACGGCGUGGCACGGCUGGCAGGAACUCUGCGCUGGUGUGACCCGCAAGACGAGCGCGAUAUCGACGAUGGCCGGGCCAAUGAUAGGCGUGGUCCUUGGGGCCUCAGAGUACUAUGGUUAGUUGGCUGCUGGAGAAUCGGACACGACGUCUUCAACCAUCUGCGAAGAUUCCCUUUGCUCAGUGUUGUCGAUCUCCGGGAAACCAGUUGCACCCAUAAUCUUCAUUCUGGCUUUGCUUCCUGUCAGAAUGAUACACUAUACCACCCUUCAACCCUCCUUGAAGCUGCAAAUGAGCUAUCUUCACUUGCAUCUCUCUCAUCAUCACCCAGCCCAUACUUUCUGCAUGUCAACUCACUUCAUUAUUCCCAACCCUCGUCUCAGUAUCGUAGUUCUUCAUCGGUUGCUCGGGAAGACACGUACGUCGUCCUACCCUCCACAGGCGGCAGAAUGGUACAUGGCAACACCGAAGCUCUGAUCCGACGCCAGGCCGCAGAAGAAGAAGAUAUCAAGCACGAACGAAACUUAGAAGAAUGGAGGAAGAGGCAAGAAAGAUUUCCGGAUCCCGACCUAUUGGCGUUCCCUGUGAAAGGUGAAAAUCGGCGUAUACCCAACGAAUUUACACAGUCCAUUGUUCGAAACGCACAAGAAACUAAACGGCGACUGUCAGAAAUGCGCCGAAUACAGGAUAGGCAGGCACCAAGGAGUCAUCCACUUCACGAUGGUCAACGACGUACACUGCCUUUGAAUGUAUAUUCUGCGGGUCCCUCUCGCAGUGCGGACGUGCCCGCACCUGCCCUGGUUGCCAACUCUCGUCCAGGACCAUCAGCCGCGCUUUCGAGCUCCUCUUCCAUCAGUCGCGUUCCCGCAACAUCGCGUAUGAGUAACACCUCUUCAUCGGGUCAGACUGCUACCCUUAUAAAUCGUACAGCCACUUCCUCCCGUCCCGCUCCAUCAUCCACUUCAAGUACAAACCGUUCAGGAGCACGUACGUCGUAUAUGCUCAGCAAUGCCAUCCGAGCGGAUGUACCGCCACGUCCACCUGCUGUCUCAUCUGCGACAACACUGCGCUCGAACCCCACGCCGGAACUUCCAAGGCGUACAUUACCAAUGUCCGCCUCGGAGGUACUUCCAAGAUCGCCUAUCUCAGAUACUACCAUGUCUGAUCUCCAGAAUCUCAUCGCUGCACAAGAGCUUUCUGCUAUCAACUCGCACCAUAAAGCCAACGCUUUCUAUUCGUCCAACCCACUCUCCGCUUCCACAACUUCUCUGCCUUCUUCCCGACAUCCUCGUGGCGAUGACAAUCUGAGACUCUACCGCCAGCCUCCUCCUUGGAAGCUCCUCAACGAGCCACCUCCUUCGCCUGCCCCUCCUCAAGGCGCUGCAGCCCUUCGACGCAUGGAGCUCCCCACAUUUGUGCAAGGCGCAAACAGACAGGCCCAGAAGAACAUGGAAGGACUGCAAAAUAUGGUGGCACACAGAAUGAAGGUCGCCCCGACCGCCUCUUCUAUCCGCAGAGCAGACGGAUUCGACGGCUCGUCUAAUUCCGGAUCAUCGAGGACAUCAACCACGAGUUUCACGCCAAAGAAUCCGUUCACAGCACGGUUCUCGGGUGCUCGAGCUCCCGAGCCUUCUUCUUCUCGCCCGCCCAUGUCUUCGAAGUCCAAGCGUCCGAUGUCUUCGUCGGUCUUCGUUCCCUCGUCUUCUUCCUCCUUUGACGGGCAACCACCGACCAAGAAACUCGCCGUGGAGCCUCCUAGGCGUUCGAAACCGUCAUCGGUUGGCUCCGGGUCGUCAACGAAACCUCUCGUGCCCAUUUCUACGAUUUCUGUCCCUCAUCUCCCGGAAGAAGCGAAGAAGCUGCACGCGCAGAACGAGAAGAUUGCGAGGAGGUCUUUGGGCAGCGGCUCAAAAUCAUCGAAAGGGAAGACGGACGCUUCGCGGAGGAGUUCAAUGCCGACGUCUGGCUCGAAGUUGAGCUCGGGCUCGGGCUCUUCGUCGACCACGACUAAGGCGAAGAGUGCGAAGGCGUCGAAGAGCACUAAGUCGGCAGGUUCGUCGGCGGGUGGCGCUCAACAGAGUGGGAGUUUCGAUUGGGGUGCUUGGGGUAAGCCUGCCGGGGAUUGACGGUGUUCGUUUCCGAUGGUCUUGUGCUUAGACCUCUGAUAGCCGCAGGAUGUGGUGCUUGUAGUACAGUCUCUGCUUGUUGCGUUAUUUACCUUCUUCUUCUUCUCUGAACGCACGUCGUCAUACAUCGGGACUUUUCGCUCAUUCAUUCGGCAUUUUCCAUGACAG